AUGACUUCACAUGAAAACAUUGGUAGCUCCAAUCCAUCUGGUAGCAAUCAAUUUCCUUUGAUAGUAGAUGAAGAUAAUGUAACCCCAUCAUCACCUCUGUUGAAUAUGCCAAACGAUGUCCAAGCAGUCCAACCUAGCAAUGAAAUAAUUCAAGAAGAGAGGAAGUACAAAUCAAUUGUUUGGAAUCAUUUAAAAAGAAAGAGAGUUGAUGAGAAAGACAAGGCUGAGUGCAAUUAUUGUAAGAAAUUGCUAGUAAGAGGAUCCAAUUAUGGCACUAAACAUUUGCAUGACCACGUGAAAAUAUGUCCAAGGAGAAAGUUUCAAGACAUUAGGGAUAUGAAUCAAAAAAUUUUGGUGAGGGAUCAAAAUAAAGUGGAUUCAAUGGCGGGUGUGAAUGCUUAUAAUUUUGAUCAAAAUGUAUCAAGAAAUGAACUUGCUCGUAUGAUCAUCUUGCAUGAGUAUCCCCUCUCUAUAGUUGACCACAUUGGUUUUAGAAAAUAUUCAACUUCUCUUCAACCAUUGUUCAGGAUGGUUUCUAGGAACACAAUCAAGAAGGACAUUUUGAGCAUCUAUGAGAAAGAAAGGGAGAAAUCAAAGCAUGAAAUUGAUAAGAAUCAGGGUAGAAUUUCUAUUACCACUGAUAUGUGGACUUCACAAAACAAAAAGCGAGGGUUUAUGGUUGUAACAGCACACUUCAUUGAUGGUUUAUGGAGAUUACAAAGCCGAGUUAUGAGGUUUAUUUAUGUGUCAUCUCCACAUACGAAAGAAGUGCUUUCUAGUGUCCUUCUAGAUACUUUGUUGGAGUGGAAUAUUGAUAGGAAGUUAUCUACUGUGACUAUGGACAAUUGCAGUACCAAUGAUGCAGUUAUAAAAAUUAUCUUAGAUAAGCUUCAACGUGGUGCACUUAUUAUGCGUGGAUCAAAGUUGCAUAUGCGUUGUGCAGCACAUGUUCUUAAUUUGAUUGUUCAAGAUGGUUUGGAUGUAAUUGGAUCAUGCAUUGAAAAGGUUCAAGAAAGUGUGGGAUUUUGGACUGCAUCAACAAAGAGAAGGCAGAAGUUUGAAGAGAUAGCUCGACAAGCACAUGUUGAAUGUACCAAAGAACUAGCCCUUGAUUGUAAGAUUCGUUGGAACUCUACCUAUCUCAUGCUUUCUAUUGCUAUAAAGUAUCAAAAUGUCUUUUAUCGAUUGAACAUAUGUGAGUCAUCUUAUAAGUGCAUUCCAACAGAGGAAGAAUGGGAGAUGGCAAGUAAUAUAUGUGAGAGAUUGGCAGUGUUUCACAAGAAUACAGAGCUAUUUUCAGGUACCUCAUACCCUACAGCUAAUCUUUUCUUUCCUAAGGUGUGUGAAAUAAAAAUAACUUUGAAUUCUUGGUUUACAAGCGCAAAUGAUGUGAUUAGGAGUAUGACAUUUAAAAUGUUGGAAAAAUUUAAUUGUUAUUGGAAUGUGAUUCAUGGUGUUAUGGCUGUGACAACCAUUUUAGACCCAAGAUAUAAGAUUGAAUUGUUAGAAUAUUAUUUUCCAAUAAUUUAUGGUGAUGAAGUUGAUAAUGAAAUUCAAAUGGUUAGAGAUAUUUGUUAUGAAAUGAUUCUUGACUACAGUUCUGGGAGAAUGGGUAGGGAAGGUACUCGUGGCCCUUGUGUGGGAGAGGAUCUGCAAGUUGAUAACUCUCUUAUGGACUUUGAAAGAUAUCUUAGUCAGAAAAAAAGGGGUGGGAAUAUUAAAUUGGAGUUGGACCAUUACCUUGAGGAUGAUUUAAUGCCAAGAAUUGUGGAUUUUGAUAUUUUGGCAUGGUGGAAAUCUAAUGGGCCAAAGUAUCCUACUUUGCAACGUAUUGCAAGGGAUAUCCUUGCCAUUCCAGUGUCAACUGUUGCCUCAGAGUCAUCAUUUAGCACAAGUGGUCGAUUGUUAAGUCCACAUCGCAGUAAACUUCAUCAAAAGACUGUGGAGGCAUUAAUGUGUGCUCAAAAUUGGUUAUGGGCUGAAAUUAAUGGUUCUUCAUCUACCAUAGAUGGAAUUGAAGAUAAAUUCCAAAAUAUCCUGGAUGAUUAUGAUGAUGAAGAAAAAAGUGGUGUCACAAUGAUGGAAGAAAGUGGAGAUUCUUUUUGA